AAAGAGAGAGAAAGAGAGAGCCAGCAGAGGCGAGAGAGAGGGACAGAGGAGAGAGAGGGAAGAAAGGAGUCAUUACUCAUUAAGCGAUUUGCCAAGUUCUGCUCAGCACUCGCUCUGUUUCACACACGCACAAACACACACACGCGCACACACUCAGACACACAAAAACAGAAAGCAGAAGUGGAGAGCGCGCAAGGGGUUUCAGCUGUCGUGGUUGGCUAUGGCACAGGGCUCUGACAGCAAUGACACAAGUUACACUAAGUCUCCAUCGCCCGGCAGCAAGCAGGGCUCUUCGGAUGACGUGAAGAGAGUGAUGAGGAGAGAAAAGAACCGGAUUGCUGCUCAAAAGAGCAGGAUGAGGCAGACUCAGAAAGCUGACAGUCUACACCUGGAAAGCGAAAAUCUGGAGAAGGAGAAUGCAGCCUUGAGGAAGGAGGUGAAGAGACUGACAGAGGAGGCCAAGUAUCUGACCUCUGUGCUGAAUAACCACGAGCCCCUGUGUACGGGACUGGCAACCCAAACCUCCGACCUACUUUAUCCACCCCAUGGCAGCUUUCACCAUCAGCAUAUUGCAGUGCCGCACUACCAACACUGACCUUUAGGUGGUGCUAUGAAGCCAUGUAAAAGCUGAGAUCCCCAGGUGAAAGUAAUGUAUGUUACUUGACAGAACGAGCAGUGAGGUGGAUGCUAAAUUGCCUCUAGAUGCUCAAUCUCUGAUCAGUGAUUUUAUGUUAUCCUGACAUUGGAGGAGAUAUGGGGGAGAUUAAGCUGAUCUUGGAGAUACAUCUAGGGACAAGUUAUCCACAAGACACUGAAUAAAUGAAGCAGCAUCUUGUUUAUUUGUUGUAUAUUCUUCAGAAGUAAAAGGUGACAUAAUUGAUAGACAGACUAUAUUUAUUGGCACACUUGAUCAUAUUAUGAUUUUACUUAUUUUUUUAAAUAUGGCACAAGAUUUGUAAAAUGAUUUAACUUUGUGUCGAAUAAUGUCUUGAAAUACCAAGUAGUCCAUGUUUACACGACCGAAAACCAACAUGAGGUGAAAUGUUGAUGUUUUUUGUUGUUGUACUUUCUGAAAGAUUUUGCGUUAUCUUGUUUAUUCCUUUCGUUUUGUCAUGCAGAUCUAUCAUUGUAUUUGUGUAGUUGUACAGUAAAUUGAAAAGCUCAGGAAAAGGAAGGAAAAGCUCAUGCACAUAAUAUCUGAUAAGGCUGAUUGUUCUUGAAUAACUAGAAAUAAACUGGUAAAAGUUGAGAAUGAAACAGCCCGCGAGACGAAAAAGUGCUGUGGCGUCCGCAAUUGUGCUGCUUGUUGGUCCACGUGUAUGCUUCCUUGAAGUCAUUUUUUGACCAUUAUUCUUUAUUUGCAUUGUGUGUGAUUGAUGUGAAGAGUCUCUAGGUAGCGCUGUAUACAUGCAAGAAAAUGUAAGGUACAAUGUACAUCUGUUUAAUACUGUGCGUGUUAGCUCUAAGAGCUCGCCGAUGCGAAUGUGAACUAUUACAAUGACUUAUUGAAUGUUUGAUUGUAUUAGAUUGUUUUGAAUAGAAAUAAAGUCAAAACAUAAUU